AUGGCCUGGGCUCUGGGCUCCGCCGUGGUGACGGAGGCCACGUCACCCUCCUGUCAGGGCACUGCACUAACCGAGAAAGCGCAGCAAGUUGGCCAAGACCCCACGGUUCUGAACCGACAGAGCAACGAUGAGAGCUCACUUCUCCCGCUCCGCCGCGCGCGCCCUCCGAGGGGCGCAGGGGCCGCUGUCCGAGCCGACGCCGCCUCCUCCGCGCCGGCCCGGGGGCUUGACCGGCGCCGCGGCACCAAGGAGGCUCCCACGCCCCGGGCUCCCCGCCCUCCCGCGCGACCCCGCGCCCCAGCGGGCGGCGCUUGCCGAGGGCAGGGGGCGGGAGGGGAGCGGGGCCGUCCGGGGGGAGCCGCCCCCGCCCCGCCCGCCGCGCCUCGCCGCCCGGCCUCCGCGCCUCCUCCUCGGCGCCCGCCCGCCCGCCCGCGGCUGCUCGGCUCGGGAGAGCGGCCCAGCAGCAUGCUCUAUUUCCAGAUGGUGAUCAUGGCAGGCACCGUGAUGCUGGCGUACUACUUCGAGUACACGGACACGUUCGCCGUGAACGUGCAGGGCUUCUUCUGCCACGACAGCGCCUACCGCAAGCCCUACCCGGGCCCGGAGGACAGCAGCGCCGUGCCGCCCGCGCUCCUCUACUCGCUGGCCGCCGGGGUCCCCGCGCUCGUGAUAAUAGUCGGAGAGACGGCGGUGUUCUGCCUGCAGCUGGCCACGAGGGAUUUUGAGAACCAGGAGAAGACGAUUUUAACCGGAGACUGCUGCUACACCAACCCGCUGGUGCGGAGGACGGUGCGCUUCCUGGGCAUCUACACGUUCGGCCUGUUUGCCACGGACAUCUUCGUGAACGCCGGGCAGGUGGUGACGGGGAACCUGGCGCCCCACUUCCUGGCCCUGUGCCGGCCCAACUACACGGCGCUGGGCUGCCAGCAGCUCACGCAGUUCAUCAGCGGCGAGGAGGCCUGCACGGGCGACCCCGAGCUCGUGCUCCGCGCCCGGAAGACCUUCCCCUCCAAGGAGGCGGCGCUCAGCGUGUACGCGGCCGUGUACCUGACGAUGUACAUCACCAGCACCGUCAACGCCAAGGGCACGCGCCUCGCGAAGCCCGUGCUGUGCCUGGGCCUCCUGUGCUUGGCCUUCCUCACCGGCCUCAACCGCGUGGCCGAGCACCGCAACCACUGGGCCGACGUGAUCGCGGGCUUCCUGGUCGGCACAUCGAUCGCCGUGUUCCUGGUCGUGUGCGUGGUGAACAACUUCAGAGGAAGACACCCCGAGAGCGAGCGCGUGCACGUGGCGGACCUGGCGCACGCGCCGAUGAUCAGCAUCCCGCGGGUGGAGAGCCCUUUGGAAAAGAGCCCUCGAGCAGGACGGGUCCGCCCUGCCGGUGCACCGAGCAGGUUUGUCAGUAAGUGA